AUGUACGAUUUACCUCCUGAGUUUCACUUCGGAUUACUAGGUUGGAAAGAAGAUCGUAACCAAAUCUGGCCUAAUGUAAGCAACCUGAAUCAAAUCCCUUCGUACCCAGGUGGGUUAAACUUGCAACACAGUAUAGAAUAUUGGCUCACUCUCGAUCUUCUUUCUUCGGUUUCCCCAAAUGUAUCUAGACAUUGCACUGCAGUUCUUAUACAAAACUCCACCCAAGCAGACGUCAUUUUCGUGCCUUUUUUCUCUUCUUUGAGUUACAAUCGGCGUUCCAAGAUUCACGGGACUGAGAAAACCACCAUGGACAAGAUUCUGCAACAAAAAUUGGUGAAGUUUUUAAAAGGUAGAGAUGAAUGGAGAAGAUCAGGAGGGAAGAAUCAUAUAAUCAUGGCUCACCAUCCGAAUAGCAUGCUUUUUGCAAGAAGACAUCUGGGUUCUUCUAUGUUUGUGCUCGCAGAUUUCGGAAGGCGUCUUGAUGCUCGUGAUUCUCCUUCUUUUCAAGAACGACCCGUGUUGGUGUAUUUCCAAGGAGCGAUUUACAGGAAAGAUGGUGGAGUGAUUCGUCAAAAACUGUAUCAUCUACUUAAAGAUGAAAAAGACGUUCACUUUACAUUUGGAAGUGUGUCCUCUGGUGGGGUCCGCAAGGCGUCCAGAGGGAUGUCUUCUUCUAAAUUUUGCCUCAACAUUGCAGGCGACACUCCUUCAUCUAAUCGACUGUUUGAUGCGAUUGCUAGUCAUUGUGUUCCUGUGAUAAUUAGUGAUGAGAUCGAGCUUCCGUUUGAAGAUGUUCUUGAUUACUCAAAAUUUGCGAUAUUUGUUCGUGCAUCGGAUGCUGUUAAAAAGGGGUAUCUUAUGAAGCUUCUUAGAAGGAUUCGAAGAGAUAAAUGGAUUCAAAUGUGGGAAAGAUUGAAAGAAAUAGGGAAACAUUUUGAGUAUGAAUAUCCGUCAAAGAGUGGUGAUGCUGUUGACAUGAUAUGGCAGAUGAUUCAUAGGAAGGUAUCUUAUGUACAUGAGAGAGAUGGUAGAAAAAACAGAUAUGACAUGUCACAGAAGUUCUUAGAUGCCAUAUGAGUUUUUUUCCCUGUUGGUCUCAUCGAAUUUGAGUCGUGGUUUCACAGCCAAUAUGGAAAAGUAAAUCACAGUUUUUUUAGAGACUUAAAUUAUAGUAUAGAUUCUCACUUUAUUACUGCCAAGGGCAAGCAUAGUAUAUAUUGUACGCUCCG